CUCCUGGAGGAACUUUACCAACUGCCGGUUGAGCAGCAAAUACAGGAACUAUAAACAAACGAACAAAAAAAGUGACCAUGAAGUUGGCUUCAAUCCGCAGCGCUUGUGGCAGUCUUCGACCGUACACAUCCCGUCCAGGAAGCAGAUUUAGCGGUCUGUCGCGGAGAUGCUUGCCGGUUGCUGUGACCGACCACCGUGUAGCCCUUCGGACGGUUAGCAGCGGCACGAGCCGAACGGGUAACUUCAAGAAACAAGACAAAACCUGGUCUGAAUUCAACAAGGAGGUGGUUCAGAGUAUUAAGGAAGCAAAGGUGACUCUACUAGGAAGAAAUCCAGAAGUCCAGCCUUUGUUAGCCAUUCUCCAGUCAGGUGACGAUGAUAACAUUUUGGAGGUCAAUAAGAAAAUUGCAAGCAAGAUUGGCCUGACGGUCACUCAGAUGUGUUUGACAAAUGAGUGCAGUGAAGAUGAUAUUGUAGCAGAGUUGCUAAAGCUCAACAGUGACCCUAAGGUGCACGGGAUCUACCUCCACCUCCCUCCAGCUUUUCUCACCAGUCGAGUGCUCAACAUGCUCAGUCCAGAGAAGGACGUUGAAGGCCUGACAGAUUUGAAUAUGGGCCGUUUGCUGCGAGGGGACCUGAGUAAAAGUUUUGUGCCUCCAAUAGCCAGUGCUAUUUUAGAUCUUCUGGGGAAACGUGAUGUGCCUUUGAAAGACAAAUCUGUGUUGCUAGUUGGAGAAGGACCCCUCAGGUUGACCCUACAAUGCCUGAUUGAAAGAGGUGGCAUGGCAGUAGAUACAAGUCAUUGGAACUCCAAGAAUCUGCAGAAGCAGGUGAUGCAGGCUGAUGUGUUGGUUCUAUUAAGUGCAGGAAACGUGGAAGUUCCUCCCACCUGGACUCGACCAGAAGCCGUUAUCAUUCGGUGUGAGUCGACCCUGGAACCAGAUGAUGCUUUAUGUUUGUCCUCAAGAUCUGGGUUAGGAUUCCUCACAGCUGCUUACAGAUCCCAGAAUGUGAUUCAUAGCUGCAGUCGAUGGCUUCAGAAGCAGCAGUACAGACCCUGGCAUCUCUAUAACCUUCAACUGCAGCCACUGACCCCUGUGCCAAGUGACAUACAGAUAUCCAGAGCUCAGACUCCUAAACCUGUGGAUCAGCUUGCUGAGGAAAUUGGUUUGCUGCCGGAGGAGCUUGAAGCUUAUGGCAGGAACAAAGCUAAAGUCCACCUGUCCUUGUUAGAUCGCCUCCGCUCGCAGCCUGAUGGCAAAUAUGUCCUGGUUGCCGGUAUAACUCCAACUCCGCUGGGUGAGGGCAAGAGCACGGUGACCAUCGGUCUAGUCCAGGCCAUGUCUGCCCACCUUAAGCUCAACUCCUUUGCUUGUCUGAGACAGCCUUCACAGGGACCCACCUUUGGGGUUAAAGGGGGAGCUGCGGGAGGGGGCUAUGCCCAGGUCAUACCCAUGGAGGAGUUCAAUCUGCAUCUGACUGGUGACAUUCAUGCCAUCACAGCAGCCAAUAACUUGGUGGCAGCAGCCAUCGAUGCCAGGAUGCUUCAUGAGGCUACACAGUCAGACAAGGCCUUGUUCAGUAGACUGGUUCCUACAGUGAAUGGAGUCAGAAAGUUCUCUCCCAUCCAGAUCUCCAGGCUACGUCACCUUGGUAUCAAUAAAUCAGAUCCUGCACAUCUCACACCACAAGAAGUCAGCACCUUUGUACGUCUGGAUCUCGAUCCUUCCAAGAUCACCUGGCAGAGAGUUGUUGACACAAACGAUCGCUUCUUGAGAAAAAUCACAGUCGGACAGGCAAGCACUGAAAAAGGACAAACCAGAGAGACUGGCUUUGACAUUGCUGUGGCCAGUGAGAUCAUGGCCAUCCUGGCUCUGUCAGUCAGCCUGAAGGACAUGAAGAACCGACUGGCUCGCAUGGUGGUGGGCACGAGCCGCUCAGGAGGACCCGUCACUGCAGAGGACCUGGGUGUGAGUGGAGCUCUGGCUGUGUUGAUGAAAGAUGCCAUCAAGCCUACACUGAUGCAGACCCUCGAGGGUACGCCAGUGUUCGUCCAUGCUGGGCCCUUUGCCAACAUCGCCCAUGGCAACUCUUCAGUGCUGGCAGACAAGCUGGCUUUGAAGCUGGUUGGACGGGACGGCUUCGUGGUGACUGAGGCUGGUUUCGGAGCAGACAUCGGGAUGGAGAAAUUCUUCAACAUCAAAUGCCGAGCUUCAGGUUUGAGGCCCGAUGUGGUGGUGCUGGUUGCAACUGUCCGAGCACUGAAGAUGCACGGCGGAGGCCCAAAUGUGUCAGCUGGUACACCUCUUCCUAAAGAGUACCUUCAUGAGAACCUGAGCCUGGUAGCAGGUGGUUGCCGUAGCAACCUCAAAAAGCAGAUCCAGAUCGCUCACCUGUUUGGGGUGCCUGUCGUGGUGGCACUGAACGUCUUCAAAACAGACACCCAGGCAGAGAUCGACCUUGUGUGUCAGAUAGCGAAGGAGUGCGGGGCUUCUGACGCCGUGCCGUGUCAUCACUGGUCGCGGGGGGGCCGAGGUUGUUUGGAGCUGGCCCAGGCAGUGAACGAGGCGGCACGCCGACCCUCAAACUUCCAGUUCCUCUAUAACACAGAGAUGCCGUUGGUGGAGAAGAUCAGAACAAUAGCCCAGAAAGUGUAUGGAGCCGAUGACAUCGAGCUGUCUCCAGAGGCCCAGAGCAAGAUCGAUUACUACAAUCAACAAGGCUAUGGUUCAUUACCCAUCUGCAUGGCUAAGACCCACCUGUCCCUGUCCCACAUGCCUGACAAAAAGGGCGCACCCACUGGAUUCGUUCUGCCAAUCAGAGACGUUCGAGCUAGCAUUGGGGCGGGCUUCAUCUACCCACUUGUGGGAACGAUGAGUACCAUGCCGGGCCUCCCCACCCGACCCUGUUUCUACGACAUAGACCUGGACCCGGUCACCGAGGAGAUCACUGGGCUCUUCUGA